AUGCUGCCAUCUCCAAACCCCGCCUCCUCCUGCUGCCUUCCACUCCUCCUCUCCGCCUCCUCCUGCUCUCUUCCUCUCCUCCUCCUCUCCUCCUCCCGGGCUGGUGGCCCCGGCACCUCCUCACGGCGCGCUGCUUUUGUUGAGCGCGCAGCGCCGCACUGCACGUCACGGCAGAAGACGUUCGGGUCCUCCAUGAGAAAGGGUUUGGAUCUGAUACCACUUCCGUAUCACGGGAUCGGGUUGCGUGGGCUUGCAGCCAUGGAUGCCGGGAGGCUGGAGCAGCAGGUGGCCAGUGUGGAGAGGGGCAUCGCCUUCCUGAAGCACGAGCACCUGGCCAUGCUGGCGGGUCUGCAGCUGGAGAUCACGCACCUGAAGAGGCGCUGUCACGGUCAGCCCACCGGUGUCCGGCCCCUCACCAUGCCCCCCCCCCCCCCCCCAUGUCUCUCUGCAACCCUGUGUCACCGUCUCCUGUCCCCCUUCCUGUGUGCAGAGCUGAGCUGUGAGCUGGACUCCAGAUUUCAUGACAGAACCACAGCAGAGGAGGAGGCGGACCUGGCGGCCCGCUGUGAGGCGGCCGAGCGCCUCCUGGAGCGCCAGCAGUGCGUGAUGCUGGCGGCGCGCGGGGAGCUGCGGGCCGGCCGGGCGCGGGCGUCGGCGCUGGGCAGGAGCCUGAGGGACGAGGAGCGGCGCUUCCUGGACGAGCUGAAGCGCCGCAGCCACCAGAUCACGCUGCUGAGCCGGGAGCUGCAGCGCCAAAACCUCACCACCACCGCCCUCUACCACCAGCUGCACGCCGCCCGCCUAAAACUGUUCCGGCAGCGCCAGCGGGAAGGGGCCGCCGCGGGGGGGGAGCAGGGGGCCGGGGGACAGGAGGAGGACGAGGAAGAGGAGGAGGAAGAAGAAGAAGAUGAGGAGGAUGAAGACGGUGAGGGGGAGGACUCGGACUGGCUCCUGUCCCCGCCUCCUCCCGCUUCCCCUGACCAUCCGGACGCCAGGAAAAAGAAGCGCCUCAGCCUGAGGGAGGACAGGGUCAGGGCUUGCGUCCCACAGGAAAGAGUGACCUCCCCUCAGAGGCCGCACCCCAUGCCGGACCCCGCCCUCUUCCUGGUGCCCCUCAGGUACCGCCUCCUCCGCUUGAGACAGCCAACGGGAUUGGCGGAGGCAGAGGGCGUGGAGGACGAGUGGGAGGACAUAGAGGACAGCAGGGUGCACAGGAGGGUGGACAUGGGGGCGGGGGAGGGAGAAACCGCCCUGUGA